AUGGACCAGAGCUAUCCAUCUGAAUACAUAAGACCUUUCCUCAUAUGUUUCGAUAUGUUCGACCGUAUUAACAUAAGAUUUUUCGAUAGCAGUUCGUUUUUUUGGAGGAACUGGCGUUUUGUUUAUAUAAUACCAUGCAUUUUAGUACAGUGUACAACUAUGAGCAUAUAUAUGACACGUUUGUACGUGGAGGACCGGAACAUGUUUGUUGAAGCGCGAGUGUUGGACAUACCAUUUACACCUUCAAUACGAAGAUGCUCACCACAGGUGGAUUUGGCGCCGAUGCGCAUUGCUACCUUAUCAUCGAUUAGCGUCGCAGUGCUACCCUCGUCCAGAAGCGCUGUGGUUUCGUACUCGCCAUCAGGGCCUUCGAGGAUGACCGGUAAGACUUUCAGCAAGCCACGCGGACGUAAAGGUUUCGAUUGGUUUGCGUGGUUGACAUGUGGUACAUGUGACGGGACCGUGGUGGAAAAGACAGCCGGCUGUAAUCUGGGGCCUUGGAUAUCAUCCAAGGUGACAGUCGGUGUCUUCCCAGGACGCUUGGUACAGCGAGAUGAUGCUGGUACCGAAGUGGUGGCGUCCGCCGUUUGUGCGACUAUUCUAGCCGAUGAUGCCGAUACGUUCGUAAUUGCGGUUGUUGAAGCCGGUAUUUUAAAAGGGAUUGUUUUAUUGCAAAAUAUAACAAAUAUAAGGGUGUUUAUUGACGAAAUGGCUCGUAUAUGGAGAAUACACGACCUGAAUGAAGAACAAGUCGCAAAGAAGAACCGUUUAUACAAGAAACUGGAUAUUGCUGCAAUUGUUUUUUUCAAGUUGGCCAUAGCAACGACCUGGCUGAUGUUGUUAUUUCCUCUGGUGGAGACCGUGUUCCGCAAACUAAUAUUGGGCCAAAAUACAAAGUUGAUAUUAGCGUUCGCAAGCACUUAUCCGUUUGACCCCACGACAAAUUGGUUCAUAUACAUUGUCGUUUAUUUCUUUCAAGUGUACAGCAUGCUUCGAAUGACAUACAUAUAUUUGAAUGGCAAUUACCUAUUGAUAACUUUAUGCGGAUUCCUCGGCACGCAGAUUGCGAUAUUAUUGGAUGAUUUUGACAAAAUCAAUCCAAUUAACAAGAAUGGCAACACUGUCCGCGGCCAGGAUGAUACAGAGAUCAAUAUUAGUGAAUUUAUAAUGAAACAUCAGACAUUAAUAAGGUUGACAAAGCAACUGAAUGGAAUAUUUAACAAAUUUCUUUUUAUUAAAUUACUAUUUGAUUCUAUGAUGAUUUGUUUCUUCGGACUGGCGGCAAAAAGUGGUGAUCUGGCCGAUGCAGUAUACCGCAGUAUGUGGUACAAGGGCGACGCGCAGUAUAUGAAGAUGAUACUUUUCAUCAUCCUCAGAUCUCAAAAACCAUUAUGUUUGACAUCACUGAAGUACAGGCCAGUGACACUGAACACUUUCUCAAAGGUACUGAGCACCACGUGGUCCUACUUCUCACUAGUAAACACCAUGUAUGAACACAGAAAUUAA